AUGAAGGUCUCUGCUAUCGUAUCCGCCCUCUUCUUCACCGCUGCUCUUGCAGACAUCGGAGACUAUUGCAAGGACAGCAAGGGCAAUAUCGGCACCUGCCAACUGACCAGCAAGUGUAACAAGUUGGAUGGCACCAUUGUGAAGAACCUGUGCCCCAACGACCCGGACAACGUCAGGUGCUGCUUCUAUCCUUCAUGCAACGGCAACGGCAUCUGCAAGAAAGAUACCCUUUCCUGCGCUGGUGCAUACUCCACCGGUGACUGCCCUGGACCUAAGGGCUACAGAUGCUGCAACAAGGAAUUGAAGCCACCCAUUUGUGGCCGGGGAGAGAACGACCGUCGCUGCAUCGUUCCUUGA